AUGGCGCGCUUGGCUCUAGUAAUUCUAUGGCUACCCUCUCUAUUGUUUUCGACUGUAGUCUUCAUAUUAUGUUCAAAUUAUAUUAUGAAUAAUCAGAAUUUGAUGAUAAUGCAUAAAAAUGAAAAAGAGUUUCAAGCUAUUGAUCUCUUCCGUAGUGAAGAGUUAGCAAAAGCAGUGAAAUCCUUACCUCCGAACUAUGGAGUGAUGUUGUUGAACCAACAUGCCCUUCCGAUGACGUUGAAUUGGUUGUGCAACACGUACUAUAUGAAUAUUCACCGGAAGAUAUUAUUUUUCGUUCUUGACUCUACUUCGAGAGAAGGAAUACUCCUAAAAUAUCCUAAUCUGACCAUAUUUCAGUGGAAUACUCUGUCAUUAAAGGCACAUUUUAAACCGUUCGAUGCAACUUAUAUGAGCUUCUUUUUAAUGAGAACAAACUUAAUCCAAGCUUUGCAAUUCUAUGAAAAACCAUUCUGGAUGUUACAAGCUGACACUAUUUGGGCAUCGAAUCCAUUGCCUUCGUUGGAGAAACUAAAUCAUUUCGAUAUUCUAGUAGAUCAACAAGGAUAUGAAGGAGUUGCUGAAUCGAGGAAGAACAUAAUGAAUGGAGCCAAUUUCUAUGUGCCCGUAGGUGAAACGAGUAAGGCAUUAGUACAUUCAUGGAUAAACUGGCAACGAUGGAUUUAUAUAACGGACCCCGAUAUAGUGAAGAUGUUUUGUCUGAGCGGACAGUUUAGUUGUGGAUAUAUCCCCCAUAAUUUGAUAUCUGGUUGGGAGUGGAUUUAUGGGGAUCAAACGAAUGCACCCAUGCUGAUCCAGAUGGACGGAGAAACAGAUGGAGGAAAAGAACGUGUCCUGGCUAAAUAUGGCUUUUGGUUUUUAAAUAAGAAACUUGAGUGUAAGAGAGAUCAAGUGCGUAAGGCAAUCACCCAUAUAAGAGAAGGAACUGUGCCUCAAGUCUAUUCAGCUUCAAAGGCUAAGCAAAAUACGGUACUGAAGAUAGGUGAAUGGCUUAAUCAGAUGCCCAUAUUUGGAUAUUAUUCAUCAAUUUAUGGCGGGAUCACAUCAUUAUAUCUGCAAUUGUUCAAUUUUUCAUUACAAUAA